GAAGAAAGAGUGCCUUUCAAAAUUAAAUAACCAAUAAUAAUAUUCCUUAAUAAUUAAUAGUGCAUUCUCACUAAUGACUGUAAUAAACCUAUUUUUUAGGCUUUUAAGUAAAAGAAAAGACAGCAUGUUGAGGAAUAUCUUCCUCUGCAGGAGUCAAAGUAGAAACUAAUGCGUUUCCAGCGCAGAUAUUUACCAUCUCUUUCUCUCUCUAUCCACCAUCAUCAUUAAUCUUCAUCAUCUCGUGUUGCUGCAUCUCUCUCUCUCUCUCUCGCCUGCGCGUACAUAAAGAGAUACAGGGUGGAGAGGCUUAUCCACCAAUUUUUGGAUUUUCAUGACUUUACAUCAAGCACCUUGAUUGGUUUCCCUCUUCUUUCGAGUUAAUUAUUGAGAUUGCGAAGCGGUGAGUUUGUGAUCCCCCAGAUCUAUUGAGGUAUAGAACAAUGUCUUUUAUUGGGACACAACAGAAAUGCAAGGCGUGUGAGAAGACUGUUUAUCCGGUGGAAUUGUUGUCUGCUGAUGGAGUUAGUUAUCACAAAUCUUGCUUCAAAUGUUCUCAUUGCAAAGGAACCCUCAAGCUAAGCAGUUAUUCGUCAAUGGAGGGUGUUCUCUAUUGCAAGCCUCACUAUGAGCAACUUUUCAAGGAGACUGGCAGUUUCGCCAAGAACUUUCAAUCACCUGCAAAGUCAGCUGAGAAGUUAACAGCAGAGAUGACAAGAUCACCUAGCAAGGCUGCAGGCAUGUUUUCUGGGACACAAGAGAAAUGUGCAACAUGUGGUAAAACAGCUUACCCACUUGAGAAGGUAACCGUGGAAAGCCUGAGUUAUCACAAGUCGUGUUUCAAGUGUUCUCACGGAGGAUGCUCUCUAACUCCGUCAAACUAUGCUGCCCUAGACGGCAUCCUAUACUGCAAACCUCACUUUUCCCAGCUCUUCAAAGAGAAGGGGAGCUAUAACCAUUUGGUCAAGUCCGCAUCAAUGAAACGCCCGACUGCUGUGGUUCCCGACUCAUGAACACGAGGCACGCUUAGUUUUUUUUACUAUCUAUUUCUAUCUGCAUGAGCUUGCCUUUGUGGGUGUGUUUUUCAACAUAUUUCUAUUUGAUUUCGAUUCCUCCAAACUUGGAGAUAACUUUGAUCUCAGCUGAGGAGUGGAAUGCAUUCAUUGCUGGUGCUUUUAACACAAUUUGGGGAAGUUUAUAUUUCUCCUAACUGUUUUUAGUGCGAUAUUCUUAAGUUUCA